CGACCCUUGCUCCCAAGCACGCCGUUUCAGCGCGUCUUUCCACUCGAGAUCUUUCUGGUCAUAAAGGCCACCAUCCCACUAGGCGACAUACGCACCCAUGUGUGCUUUUACAAGACGCACCCUCGUAUCGCCGCGAUAUACGACUCGGAGAAGAACGACGAGUUCUUCUGGCGGCGCGUGUGUUGGCAUAGUGGCAUCGGCGCGCUGGACAAGGACGACCUCGAGGACCCACACUGCUGGCGCGGCAUUGCUCUGGAGCUCGUCGAGAAGGAGGGCUUCUGCAAACACCCGCGGUGCGGGGAAGGGCUACUCAAGUACAACAGUCGGCGCAUGGAAGACGUAGCGGGCUGGCUCAAGCCCCUCGCCGUGUUCUCCGACUGGAAAGACGACUUGUACACCGCCUCGGACUCGGAUUCUGAAGACGAUACCCCAAGUACACACAUGGUCAUCGACAACGAAGGUCGUCGGGCAGACGGCGAGAGCGAGGACAACCCCCCGCACCUUUCGCCGCACCGCGUCCUCUCCAGCAUCAAAUUCCGUGACCGGCCCUGGGGCGGAUACUACAGCGUGCGCGAAGACGCGCAGCUUCGCCCGCUGACUAAAGCGGAAGAAUCCUACGGCGGAAGUGCCCUCCUACAGGAUCUGGCACCUGCUCAUACAGCGGAGCUUCGCCACCGAUGUUCCCAUAAACAAACUCCUUCUCGGGGAGUUGGGUGGGCAUGAACUCGCCGGGGAGAUUGUCAAGAGACGGACUGGAGUGACCGUGCUCGAUAUUGUGACCACGAUACAUGCUGAUCUCGACCUUCGUCUGACAGAGGACGAGAAGAGGGGACUCGUGGAUCACCUUGACUUGUUGUACAACUGUUGCGAAACAACCGCAGAGGAUGUGUAUGCGCGGUUUAACACUCUGCGCGAUGCACUGAACAAGUUCCACCUAGACGAGUUCUAUUACGAUGGGGCCAUCAUCAAUGGCGCCCCACUGUUCCUCCCCAACCUCCGGGAGAACUGAUUGACUUUUCGCUGCCCUCUACAAUACGACCUGACCAUCGCCUAAUAGAGUUCCCUUCUAUUCUAUCAACCUCGCCUAUAUACUUUGAUCGCUGCCUCCAU